AUGGCUGCUGGCUGGAAGCGUGGGCAGCAGCAGCGCGGCAAGGGCCGCGGUGCCAGGGGCCGUGCCGAUGCUGGACCCCGUCUCGUUGACAAGAACGCGCUGUCCGCGCGCGGCAGCGGGCCCUCGCGCCAGUCGCGCUCGCCGUCGCCCGACUCUCCGCCCGCCAAGCGGGCCGCCUCCGCUGACUCGUCCGGCUAUGAAACCGAUACGCCGGACGAGGUGCAGCAGGAGGCGGUCCGCAGGGUAUGCGGCGCGCUCGGCAUGAGGACGCAGUUCGACGCGGCGGUGGCGGCGGGCGAGCUUCUCGAGCUGCUCGAGAGCUUGCCGCGAGGGGCGGUCGAGGCCUCUCACGUUUACAUGGCUCCGAUAACCAUCCUCGCCGUCCUCGCCGGCUGCAGCCUCGUGGGUUCGUUCUCUCUCAUCGGCUGCCCGCACACACUCGCCGUCCGCGCCACCCGCGGUCGGCGACUGCGGCCGACGCCGCUGCGCGCGCUCGUGAUGCGUCAGCUAUACCCCGUGGGCGCGCCGCUCACCACUGGGAACCUCGCCGUCUCCUCCGUGCACACGCUCUACUACGAGCUGCACGGCAAGGCGGACGGCGUUCCGGCGCUCUUUCUGCACGGCGGCCCUGGCGCCGGCUGCACGCGGCGGCACGCCGGGUUCUUCGACCCGACCCACUACCGGGUCGUCCUCUUCGACCAGCGCGGGUGCGGCAAGUCGACGCCUCGUGGCUCCUUGGAGGGCAACGACACGCCCAGCCUGGUCGCCGAUUGCGAGGCGCUGCGCAGGCACCUCGGCAUCGAAACGUGGGACCUCGUCCUCGGCGGGUCGUGGGGCGUCACCCUCGCCCUGGCGAGGCUGGCGGAGGCAAGAGAGCCUGGCGAUAGGCACCCGACCAAGGUGAGCGCCCUGGUGCUGCGCGCCGUCUGCCUGAUGCGCACCAAGGAGGUGCUCUGGCUCUUUGGCGACCGCGGCAUCGGGCGGCUCCUCCCCGGCGGCCUCCACGCCUCCUCCGGAUGA